CUCUAGCAGACGCAACCGGGAACCUGUGCAUCAAUAAUUUUGUUAAUUUUAUCAGGUACACAAGUAUUGCGCCUGUCUAAAUGGCUUCUAAACCUAAAUCCGAUCAUGAUAAACGAAAGCAAAUUAGUAUUAGAGGAAUUGCACCGGUAGAAAAUGUGGGAAAUGUGAAAACAAGUUUCAAUCGCCAUCUUCAUUACACUUUGGUGAAGGAUAGAAAUGUCUCCACUCCGAGAGAUUAUUAUUUUGCUUUGGCACACACUGUCAGAGAUCAUUUGGUUGGAAGAUGGAUCAGAACACAACAAUAUUAUUAUGAAAUAGAUCCUAAGAGAGUGUAUUACCUAUCAUUGGAGUUCUAUAUGGGAAGAACAUUAUCUAAUACAAUGGUGAAUCUUGGUAUGCAGAGCGCCUGUGAUGAGGCUAUGUAUCAGUUGGGUUUAGAUAUUGAAGAGUUAGAAGAAAUUGAAUUAGAUGCUGGAUUAGGUAAUGGUGGUUUAGGUCGUUUAGCUGCUUGUUUUCUAGACUCUAUGGCUACACUAGGUCUAGCUGCCUAUGGUUAUGGUAUACGUUAUGACUAUGGUAUCUUCUCUCAAAAACUCGACAAUGGAUGGCAGUUGGAAGAGCCUGAUGAUUGGUUACGUUAUGGUAAUCCCUGGGAGAAAGCUAGACCAGAAUAUAUGUUGCCCAUUAACUUCUUCGGUCGGGUUGAACAAACUGAUAGUGGAAUGAAAUGGGUGGACACACAGAUUGUGUAUGCUAUGCCCUUUGAUAGUCCUGUACCAGGUUAUGGUAAUAACACCGUAAAUACUCUACGUUUGUGGUCUGCUAAGGCACCUAAUAACUUUGAUCUUCGAUUCUUUAACAAUGGAGAAUAUAUUCAGGCUGUAUGUGAUCGUAAUUUAGCUGAGAAUAUAUCAAGAGUGCUGUAUCCCAAUGAUAAUGUAUUUGAAGGAAAGGAAUUAAGAUUGAAACAAGAAUAUUUCCUGGUAGCAGCAACUCUACAAGAUAUCAUCCGAAGAUUUAAAUCUUCUAAGUUUGGUUCUCGUGAAUCUGUCAGAACAUCUUUUGAUACCUUCCAUGAGAAGGUGGCUAUACAAUUAAAUGAUACUCAUCCAUCGUUAGCUAUACCAGAGUUGAUGAGAAUAUUUGUUGAUAUUGAGAAUAUGUCUUGGGAUAAGGCCUGGGAAGUAACCAUAGCAACCUGUGCUUACACCAACCAUACAGUAUUACCAGAAGCUUUAGAGAGAUGGCCAUGUUCAUUAUUAGAACGUGUCCUGCCACGUCAUCUUCAAAUUAUUUAUGAAAUUAAUCAGCGCUUUAUGAAUUUAAUCCGAGAGAAGUACCCAGGUGAUAAUGAUAGAUUAAGAAGAAUGUCAGUAGUAGAGGAAGGUGGAGAGAAGAGGAUUAACAUGGCUUAUCUUUCUAUUAUUGGAGCACAUGCUAUCAAUGGAGUAGCUGCCAUUCAUUCAGAAAUCAUCAAGGCUGACACAUUUAAGGAUUUCUACGAUGUAUUUCCUGAACGCUUCCAGAAUAAAACCAAUGGUAUAACACCUAGAAGAUGGUUGUUAUUAUGUAAUCCUGGUUUAUCUGAUGUUAUUGCUGAGAAAAUUGGAGAAACCUGGGUAACCAACCUAUCUGAAUUGAGACAGUUAGAACCAUUUGCUGAUGAGGAAAAUCUUCUUCGACAGAUCAUGAAAGUUAAACAGGAAAAUAAAAUGAAACUAGCUGCCCAUAUUCAACAGAAGUACAAUGUUACAGUCAACCCAGCUUCCAUGUUUGAUAUGCAAGUUAAAAGAAUUCAUGAAUACAAACGUCAACUGUUGAAUUGUUUCCACAUCAUUCACUUGUAUAAUCGUAUCAAGAAAGAUCCGUCUGCCAAAGUCGUACCAAGAACUGUUAUGAUUGGUGGAAAGGCUGCCCCAGGAUACCAUAUGGCUAAAUUGAUCAUUAAGUUGAUUAAUAAUGUAGCUAGAGUGGUAAAUAAUGAUCCUAUUGUGGGGGACAGACUGAAAGUGGUGUAUCUUGAGAACUAUAGAGUGUCACUAGCUGAAAAGAUCAUCCCAGCAGCUGACUUGAGUGAACAAAUUUCAAUGGCUGGUACUGAAGCUUCUGGUACUGGUAACAUGAAAUUUAUGUUAAAUGGAGCAUUAACUAUUGGUACAUUAGAUGGUGCUAAUGUUGAAAUGAAAGAAGAAAUGGGUGAUGACAAUAUAUUUAUAUUUGGUAUGACUGUAGAAGGAGUAGAGGAACUGAACAAACGAGGUUAUAAUCCACGAUCAUACUAUGAAAAGAAUGCUGAUUUAAGACAAGUUAUGGAUCAAGUUAAUACUGGAUAUUUCUCUCCUGAAAACCCUGAUCUCUUUAAAGAUAUCUUUAAUAAUCUCAUUCAUACAGAUAGAUUCAGAUUACUAGCUGAUUAUGAAGCUUAUAUUGAAUGUCAAGAUAAAGUCAGUGAUCUCUUUAAGGAUCAACUGGCAUGGGCUAAGAAAUGUCUGUAUAAUAUUGCCGCCUCAGGUAAAUUUUCUAGUGACAGAACUAUCGGAGAGUAUGCCAGAGAUAUAUGGGGAGUGGAACCAACCACUGUUAAACUACCAGCACCCCAUGAGCAUGCCGACAAUAGCAACUCUGUACCUAACCCUUAAAUAGUUUAAUAAUCCUCAUUGUGAUAUUAAGUUUUUCUACUCUUAAAACAGGUUUUUAUUUACUGCUUAUUGUGAUCGGUAUAUGCAUUAGUUGGGACUCUUUUCUUACAUUUUGUGAUGAUUAAUAAACGCGUAGUGAAAUUAGACUAAUUUUUCUUAGUAAAACUUACAAAUUUUUCACAUUUUAUAGAGGAAAGUUAUAGAACUUAUUAUUGAUUUUUUUUAUGACAAUAGCUUGUUAAUGAAAUUCUUUGAUUAUUCCUGGAAAUAACUCUUUGACUAAAGACCAGCUAGUAGACAGGAUCUGUAGAAAGAUUAUCACAGAAUUUCAUGCAUUUUUUAAAAUCAUGUGAAAAAAAAUAAAAUAUUAAAUACUGAUUUUUGAAUUUAUGAAAAUAUACACUCUUCAAUAUUGGCUGAAUUUUGAAAUGUCUUGAUUUUCGCCGAAGUCAAAAUAUUUCUUAAUUGUAACCACAUGUAUUGCAAAAUCCUUUGUAAGAUAUUGUAAAUAUGCUUUAAUAUUAUUUCUCCAUUUAAGCCAACAUACUUAUAUCUGAAUUAUGGUACAAAUAUAGUAGGGUCUCUUUAAUACCUUAAAUGUAUGCUUGUCUAGGUUUUGUAACAAAGUUUUUUGUAAUGUGAUCAAAUUUCGUGCCCCAUUAUUUAAUUUCCUAGUCUUUUAUGUUAUGGUAUUACAUGUAACGGGGUUGUUAUUUAAUUUAUUGACAAAGGUUAUUGGGACAAAGCCAUUAACCAAAAACUUCUAACUGUGAAAAUUGACUUUUAAGUAGAACUGUUUUCUAUUAUGUGAUAAUUAUGACUAAAUGCUUUAUCGUCAGGUUUUUUUUUUGAUGAAAUAUUUACCAUUGAUUAAUGACAUCGAAAUUUAUCAUGACAAGUUUGCCUUUAUUUUAAACAUGUCUGCCAUUCCAUCUAUAGCUUCACACUGAAGAACGGGUUGAAACUGGAGCUAUAGUCGUCUGGGGCUAUUGUCAUCUUGGGCUAUUGUCAUCUGGAGCUAUAGUCACCUGGAGCUAUUGUCAUCUGGAGCUAUAGUCAUCUGGAGCUGUUGUCACCUGGAGUUAUAGUCAUCUGGAGCUAUUGUCAUCUGGAGCUAUUGUCAUCUGGAGCUAUUGUCAUCUGGAGCUAUAGUCAUCUUGCGCUAUUGUCCUCUGGAGCUAUAGUCGUCUGGAGCUAUAGUCGUCUGGAGCUAUAGUCGUCUGGAGCUAUUGUCGUCUGGAGCUAUUGUCGUCUGGAGCUUUAGUCGUCUGGAGCUAUAGUCAUCUGGAGCUAUAGUCAUCUGGAGCUGUAGUACUCUUGUGCUAUUGUCUUCUGGAGCUAUUGUCCUCUGGAGCUAUAGUCAUCUGGAGCUAUAGUCGUCUGGAGCUAAAGUCAUCUGGAGCUAUUGGCGUCUGGAGCUAUUGGCGUCUGGAGCUAUAGUCAUCUGGAGCUAUAGUCGUCUGGAGCUAUUGUCGUCUGGAGCUCUAGUCAUCUGGAGCUAUUGUCGUCUGGAGCUAUAGUCGUCUGGAGCUAUAGUCGUCUGGAGCUAUAGUCAUCUGGAGCUAUUGUCAUCUUGAAUAUUGUCAUCUGGAGCUAUAGUCAUCUGGAGCUAUUGUCGUCUGGAGCUAUUGUCAUCUGGAGCUAUUGUCAUCUGAAGCUAUAGUCAUCUUGGCAUUGAUUGGAAGAAAUUCACAUCAUACAUCAAUGAGGUUCUUAGUUGUCAAUGCUAAAUAGAUUCAGACUCCAAAACCCAAAAUCAAUAUUUUGACAGUUUAGGCCAUACCCUUUGAUAAGCGAACACAAUAGUGAUCCAGUUUACCAUUAUUUGGGCUGUACCAUAAAAAGAAUGAUUAAAAUAUAACAAAAAGUACCUUUGAAAGGGCAAUGGGAAUUCUUGUCAAUCAAAAAUUGUAUGCUACCUACAAAUUCAGAAAUCUGGAUAAAUUUAUCAGUAAGCGAAGUAAAUCUAAAUUGACCUUUACUUUACAUAUUUUAGUACCAGCAUAGGUAAAUACAGGUAAAGUUAUUUAGUGAACAAAUUUUUUUUUUUGUGUCAAGACUUAUCGUUUUUUUCACUUGUGUAUUUGUUUUGAAAUCCAUAGUUAUGCUUUAAACCAUCUUUUUACUUUGUUAACUACUAUUACUCCCUUUCUGCAUUGUACAUGAUACCAAAAUAAAGUAAAAUUCUGCAACACAAUUUGAAAUCUGAAUGCCAAGAAUAAAAGGAGCGAGUUUUUGAGUUUGACAUUUUGAAAAUACCUACAAAUUUGAUAGUGGUUCAUUGUUUGUAACCAAUGAAGAUUUUGCUGUAUUUUGGUUUGACUUUUUUUGUUGCAUACAUCUGUAGCAAUUUUUUUUUCGUGAUUUUGUUUUUCUUUUCUAUCAUUUGUUACUUCUAGCCAAAGAGUUCUAUAAGAAAUUGAACAGGGUACUGCCAGUAUUGUUAUUGUGUUUUGAAUUUGUUCAGAAAUCCAGUAGAAUUAUGGUUUUCAUGUAAGAAGAGCUAGUUAGAAAGUGCAAAUAAUACUUUGAAACUGUUAUCAGAAACAUAGCUUUUAGAUUUAAGAUCAUUGUAUUUGAUUGGUCAAUUUUCUUUGUUGUCACUAACUUAACCAAUCAGGUUGCUUAAUUAGAUCACUGAAGUAAGGAAGUUCAAGUUUAGAGUGUUAGUAGUAGAAUUGUUUUGUAAAAGAGUUGAUGCUUGCUUAUUUAAUGCAAUGAUAAAUAACUUUUUCCUCUUUGGAUAUUUUAAUUCUGUCUGAAUGUUAGCACUUAGUCCUCGCUAGAUCUGUGGAACGCUGAACUCAAAUUUGCUCAAACACCAGAAGAAUAACUUGUUAUAUAUUGUGAUAUUGUUUGUUAGAUAUUAGAUUACAAAAAUAAAUUCCUUGCUAGUGUUUUCUUAUAUUAAAACGACAAUGCCAGACCGAUUAUCAGUUUCCUGGCAAUUCUGGAAUGUAUGGAAUCACUUUAAUGAUAGUAUUAUUUUGUCUCAAAAACCAGUAAAUGGUUUUAAAAUAUCAAUGUCCUUUUACAUUCAAAACAUACGAAAUUUUCCCAUUGUACAAGAUAUUUAUUUGAAAUCUUUUGGAUAAACUAGGUUAAGAUAUAUACUUUAUUAACGAAAGCUUUACAAACUUACAGACAAUGAAAGCCAUUGCUCUUACAGCAUUCAUAGUAUAUGUUACAUCUUGACAAUAUAUAUAUUUGAAAGCUAGGAUUGUUAUUAAUGUUUUAUUUGUUUUUUUUUUUUGGUAUAACCAUAAUGUAUUAAUGACUGGAAUAAAUUUAUUAACCAUCUUUGAUAUCUCUAUUACUAUAGCUAUUUUGUUUCAUUUAUUUUCUGUGUGUUACUUCACUCCAAGAUCUAAAGAUUCCAUUCAGUAGACACACUUUAGCUACCAAAUAACACACUAGUUAACAGUUUAAAAGCGUACACUGCUAAGUUGUAUAACACCGCUUAAGCCCAACGCAGACGAGGAACAUUUUAAGCGAACAAUCGUAAAAAUUUUGUUUCGAUCAUUUUUUUCACCGUCUGCGGAUUACAUUUAUCGACGAAAGACCAAUCAGCGAUCGAAGUCAGACCACAUGACACUCAAAAUGGCGACAUCCAGUGAAUCCACCAACACAAAACUUUGGGCUCUGGAGAAGGAGCAGAUUCUAGUAGAUAUGUGGUCGCAAUCUGCCUGUUUGUGUAUGAUUUCUUCGCCGACUAUUCAGAUAGUAACAAGAAGUACGCUGUGAUGCAAGAAAUAGCACAAGCCCUGGAAACAACCGGUAAAUUUACAAGGUUGUCGAACACACCCUGCUCUUUACGACGUUGAAUCCAGGUACGGACCUAAAUGCUCCUAUUUCGCCGUCUACGUUGGUGUCUUUUUUUAAAUUAAUAAAAUAGCUAAAGCAAUUUUACAUAACCUUCUGGACGUCGCCAUUUUGAGGUCAUGUGAUUUUCCGUGACACUGGCGUAUUGUUCGAGCUAAAUAUUCGUCGUCUGCGGAAUUAUGUUUGUCGUCUGCGGAUAACGGAAAACAAAUAUAUUUGUUCGAUGUUCUUGUUCGUCGAUAGAAAUGUUCCUCGACUGCGUUACGCUUUAUAAGUGUGCAGUAUAAAUUUGUAUAACACCACUUAUAAGCGUACACUGCUUUUGUAAAACACCACUGACAAGUGUACACUUUAAAUUUGUAUAACACCACUUACAAGUGUGCACUUAAAAUUUGUAUAACACCACUUAUAAAUGUACACGUUAAAUUUGUAUAACACCACUUAAAAGUGUACACUUAAAAUUUGUAUAACACCACUUACAAGAGAACACUUUAAAUUUGUAUAACACAGCUUAAAAGCUAAACUGCUUAGUUGUAUAACACCACUUACAAGUGUACACUUA